AUGCAAUUGCUUGGUAAUCCAGAUUCGGUGGCUGUGAACUUGGCAAAGCUUGAGCUCCGGUUCUGCAAUCUUGAUUACGAAACAAUCUCAAAGUUGCUUUACCAUGCACCGCCCAAUCUGAAGCAUCUUGUACUUCUCUGUUGGGACGAUGAUCGAGAUUACCACGGCUACGACGCUACAGAAUGUCCGCACUUGUGCCCGUUGAUUAGAGACUUCAGUAAGAAGCUUGUCCAUCUGGAAUAUGCUGCUUCUACAGUCUGUCGUGAGCUUUUCUUUGAUGAUCUCGAGAUAGGAAGCUUGAGACAUAAUGGUAUCACGACUGGCCUUGGAACGGAGGGGGGCGCAAUCGAAGGUCAUGAAAAACUCGAUACCCACGCAAUUGGGGAGACUGUGCAAGCUUGUCGUAGACAGAAGAGAUCGAAACACCGCACUGGCCGCAUCAAGGAAGCUAUUGCGACGGCCAAGGCGCAGAGCGGAGGAACAACAACGUCAUCUCUUUUUGGCGGGGGUACCAAUGCAAAUCUUGGUGCUGCUCGAGCCCGAAGAGAAGCCGAAGUAUUGCUCGACGAGGAGGACGAGCAACGGGCCCGUUUGAUUCAAGGGUCCAAGACACCGUGGUUCAGAAGAAUAAUAACGUGGCACGGUCUCUGUCAGCCGAACGAUACAUGGGAAGAAGUUCAGCUUGCCGCAGAUAUGGAGGAAACGGGCGUCGAAUGGGUCGUUGCGAAUAAGGACCUUGGAGUCGCAAGCCAGCAUUCCCAUGGCAAACUUCCCAUUACCUUAGAGAUUGGCAGGGCUUUCGAAGAGAAGUUCGACUUUGAGCCCGGUCAGUUCUGCGGGACCCAGGCUUCAUGCGAGGAAUCCGACCCAGAGCCGGACCCAUUUGAUGAACUCUAA